AUGUGCUGGUGCAUCUGGACACAUCGCAACCAAGUGGUGCUCAAUAAUAAGGCCCAAUCUGAGGUGGAGCUUGCUCGGUAUGCAUAUGAAUAUUAUCAAGAAGUUUGUGCAGUCCAAUGUCGUGUUCGGGUGUCGCAGCAUGUUCACAUGCCAAUUCAUUGGAUUCCUCCAGAGUCAGGGCUGUUUCAAGCUAAUUUUGAUGGGGCUUGCUCUGUAGUCGAAGGCUUGAUUGGUGUUGGGGUUGUGGUUCGGGACCAUAAGGGUGCAGUCAUUGCUGCUAUGUCAGCCAAAAGGGCAUCAACGAUGGAUGUGGAUUGUAUUGAGGCCUUUGCAGCGCUUGCAGCUAUUCAGUUCGCGUUGGAUCUGGGGUUGCACCACAUAAUUAUUGAAGGUGACUUGCUAAUGAUAGUUCGCGCCUUUCUCUCCUCUUUGAAGUCCUUGGCUUCGUUUGGGAAUUUUGUGGAGCAAGCUAAAUCUCUGCUGGCCAGAUUCCAUUCCUGGGAUAUUCAGCAUGUGAAACGGGAAGGGAAUUCGGUAGUCCAUUGUCUAACUUGA